AUGGCUGAGCUUUUCCUCAAACCGUUACAAGCUCAGCGAAGGGGCCCGGAUAUGACUUCCGUACAACCUGAUGAGUAUUCACUGGCACAUCUAGAUGUUCUACCAUUCAGAUCGCGGCAGCGGAGAGCCGUCCCGCGCAUUGCAAGCCUCGAUGCUCUCAGUGCUUCCAAAAUAAGCGGAAACGCCUGCCCCAGCAUCAGAUCCGAUAUUUCACAGUCAUCUUCGCACCAGAUGUCGCCCUCGCCAGUCGAACCAAACGAGAUUAUCUGGUACCGGGAUCAAACUCAAACAGAGGCCCCAAUGUCCUUGGACCAAAUGGUGGAUGCUUUGCACUACAUCAUGAUGACCAAGCCAGUCCUCGACCCAGUGCCGAGAGAGUACAACUCAUACAUUCUGCACUUGCUGGAAGGGUAUUGGAGUGUCCAAGAGCAGCUCAAGAAGACGAAGCAGGCUCUUGCAGAGGAGCUGGAAACCAAGCAGCGCAGCCUCGAGGAGUUUACCAAGAUGUCUGACGAAUGGCAGGAGAAGGAGGCAGACUUCCGCUCCGAGAUCAAGCGUAUGGAACUGGUGCUCGCCAAAAUAGCCCCUGAAGGCGUUGGUGCUGUUGUCAUGGCCAGGUCCCAGAGCAUUGUGGACAGGAGCGCCAAGUCCUCCAAGAUUUUCAAGGCCAAGAUUGACAAAGCCAGGAGCAGUCCCGACAGAGAUGUGUACGGCGCCUUCAAUCUUGACAGUAUGGAAACUCCGCGCAUUCCGAAAGUCCUUGAGAACCCACACCAGACCCAUCGGACUCUCUUAUCGAUGCAGCCAAAAUUGGAUGACAACGCAGAUGUCGAAUUAAGUCAGGAGCUGGUGAAGGCUCAGCGAAAGCGCCAACGGGUCAUCAAGCAUACCAGACAGGACAUGCCCGUGAAUCCUGUAGACAUAGUUCGGACUCUUGACACAAGCUCGUCGGAUGAGGACACUACAUUGAAACCGCUGCAGAGGACAAGCGAGUCUUCUACCAGGCCUCGGACGAACCAAAUGUCUCGCCAAUCGUCAUGCAUACGACGAAGCGAAGCCUCGUACGUCUCAAAAUUCGCGAUCAGCACGCCCCAGGAGCAUGAUAGCUUGAGUCAGCUACCUGACAACGCCCUCGGGAGAACCCCCAGCCUCAGUCCAGCGGAACGCGGAGAAGCUGUUACGAAUAUAAUGGCUGGUGGGGGGUCGGAUCGUGCUCGCCCGCAUGUCGUAACGACAGUAUCUAACAACCAAACGGAACCUUUUGACCGGGGACCCUCUGGUAUUCACCGUCACAAAAGAGUUUUUUCGUUCGACCCUGGAGAUGACGACAUUCCGCGGCAAACUUGUGAGGCUGGGGCUGGAGCUGGGUCCGCAAACGGUCAGAGAUCUUACAUGCACAUGGCAAAGUCAGCAAAUAUCGAUCAGGAUCACGUUCUGGGUAGAACGGUCCCUUCGUCGUCGAACAGCCCAGACACGCAGAUCUGA